CCCAGAAUGUACAAUAAAAUAUGGCACCAGACCCAAGAAGCCCUCAACUCUUUGCUGAACAACGAGUCUGAGAUCAUAGACCCGCAGAGCAACAAGGUUUAUAUCUUUCAAAUGCUGGCCACAUACUACAUCAAAUACGUGCAGAUCUUCCGCAACCUGGAGGAUGUGUAUGACCAGAUAGUGCACCCCCAGAAGCGACUACUGAUCCGGAAAAUCUUGGACGGAGUGAUGGGUCGCAUCCUGGAACUGAAGAAUGAGAUGGUGGAGCUGGAGCUAAGCGAGUUCCAUUAUUUCGACGACAUUCUCCAGGAUCUCAAGUUGGCGCCUCAACAGUUAGAUAUUCCCAUCCCCAGGUAUUUCAUGAAGGAGAAGAUCAAAGCCAUUAAGGAAAGAGAGAGGAUCCUGGCUCAGAUCUUGGCUGACUGUGGCUUGUCUGUACCUGACAUGGCAUUCUCCACCAAGGUCAUCCCAUUAGAGAAGGCCGUGAAGCUGAUCCAGAUCGCCGAGAGGAUGCGGCAAGGUCGCCUGAGAGCCAUGUUCAUGAAGCAGAUAUUCCUCCAGGAGUACCGAGCAAAGCAAUUAAAAUUAAUGGGCGAAAAAGCAUUGGACCUGGGAGCUGCGGCUCUGCGCAUCCAGAAGAUUUGGCGAGGCUUCAAUCAAAGCAGGAAAACUGUGCAAGAGCGGGACAGUGAGAUGGUUUUCCUGGGCAUGAUUCCUCCCCCACUGUUCAACCAAGUCAGCCCAACAGUGGAGCAGGCUAAGAAGGUGAGUUUGCUGAGGAAUGAGGUGCAGGAGAAGCAUGAGGCUGACUACAAACAAGCCCUCGUCACCAUCAAGGAUGACCUGAAGAUUAUGGAGGGGCCGGAUAUCAAGGAGAAUCUGCAAGACCAGAUUCGACACUGGUUCAUCGAGUGCAGGAACCUCACUGGUAUGUUUCCUGACUACCCUGAUGCAGAGGAAGGAGGAUCCGAAGUCAUUUUCUCCAACAAGACCCCACAGCAGGUCAUCGAAGAUAUUAUUGCUAGCCAAGAAGAAGAUGAAAAGAAAAAGAAGAAGAAAACGGAUAAAGAAAAGGAAAAACUCCGGAAAGUGAAGGAAAAGAAAGACACAAAAGAGAAAACGAAGGAAGAGGAGAGUGGCUGGAAGAUGGCACCCAGCGUUUUUCUUUCUUCGAUGCAAGAGGGAAAUAAUGUAUACCAAGACAAGUGGAAGAAUAAAGAUGAAGCAUGGAACUUCUUCCAGGGCUAUGACCCGGACAUAAUCAAGGAGGAGAAGCGGAAAGAAAUUGAGUCCGAGAUCAGGCUGCAGGUAGACGAGCUAAUGAGACAGGAACUGAAGAACUUAAAGCUUGCUGUGAACAAAGAGAAGGAAGCUCCACGCAGAGAAGGAAGGAAGAAAGGAGGUAAAAAUCAAAAGAAGGGGAAGAAACAGAAAAAGGGGAAGGCCGGGAAGGGUGAUCUGACUUCAGACAGGCCCAUUGAAUCACUAUUCAGAGAGAUGGUAGAAGAAGGGCUGUUGAUCCAGUCUUUGAAGGUCAACCUCUCGGAUUAUAUCGGGGAGUACUGCUAUCUGGGCACCACGCUUCGCCAGGUGGCCAUCGAGCCCAUGCCUUCCCUGCUGGAUGUGAAACAGCUCAUCACCUUGUACGGGAUCCUGCCGCUAGGGUCUGCCACGGUGCAUGAGAAAGCACCAUUGGUGAAGUCCCUGCUGCUAGCAGGCCCCUCUGGGGUGGGGAAGAAAAUGCUCGUCCAUGCCAUCUGCACGGAGACUGGAGCCAACCUCUUCAACUUGUCUCCCACCAACAUUGCAGGGAAGUACCCUGGAAAAGCGGGCCUCCAGAUGAUGCUGCACUUGGUCUUCAAGGUGGCCCGGGAGCUCCAGCCCUCUGUGGUGUGGAUUGGGGACACGGAAAAGACCUUCUACAGGAAAGUUCCCCAUGCAGAAAAAAUGAUUGACCCAAAGCGCCUAAAAAAGCAGCUUCCGAAGUUCCUGAAACUCCUGAAGCCGGAUGACAGAAUACUCAUCGUGGGGACCACACGGCGUCCCUUCGAUGCAGAGCUCCAGUCUUUCUGCAGAGUUUACGAAAAAAUAAUAUUGGUCCCCAGGCCUGACUACGCUUCCAGAUACGUGCUGUGGAAGGAGAUCAUCCAGCGCCAUGGUGGCAUCCUCACCCAGGCCUUGAACAUCAGCUGUCUCGCCAAGGUCACCGACGGUUUCACGCAGGGACACAUAGUCCAGGUGGUCAAGGCUGCACUCACAGAACGCAGGACCCGCCAGCAGGAGCGCAAGCCCCUCACGGCCAGCGAGUUCAUCACGGCUAUGACCAGCAUGGAGCCCGUGUACCAGGAGGAAGAGGAAAGCUUUAAGAUCUGGUACUCCAAGACUCCCCUGGGUCAAAAGAGAGCCUUGGCACUGAUGGGACCAGGCGCAGAAAAGGAGAAGGAUAAAGAGAAGGCCAAGAAAGGGGAAAAGGAUAAAAAGAAGAAGAAAAAGAAGUAAUGGCUCCUGAGGGGCAGACCCAUGUUCCUGAGCAGGCA